UAACAGACCGACGUAACUCGCAAAAUAUCUUAAGCAGAGAGAAUUAAGUACAAAUUCUUUCAAAACGGUCCAGCGUAGAAGCACCAUGAAGUAAUAUAGAACUUAUAAUGAAAUAAUGGUACGAAAAGCAAAUGUUUAUAUGUGAAGUGUCAAUAAAGGUAAAUAAUGGGGAAGACUGCAUAAAGUGGCACUAGCAAGUGGCAGAAGGCGAAAAUGUUAUACGGCCGUGAGGGUUUUGGCAUGAGACGCCACGGCUGAGGAUUACGGCACCAGCCAUGUUGGUUGGCCAUGCUGUAAAUAAAGAGCAUGGAGAAGCGGGGCUGACCCGAGUGCUUUCGUUUUACUGAUCAGUGGGCUGACAGAUCUGUGUGCUCUCCGCGAAAGAAUUUCAAGACAAUAAAUCUCAGCACUCGCAAUGAGUUUGAGGCGGCACCCCCUGUAGUCACCUGACUUCCUCUGUGCACCAGUAAGGAAAUGAAGAAGUGAAAGAAACAGGGCCAGGAUGAGAUCUCUGCUGUUCUAUCUCAGCUACCUGCUUUGCCUGUGCCUUGGAAUUCUCUCUGUGGUGUUUGUGUCUUACUGGAACUACAAAUGGCGUGGGGGAUUUGCCUGGGACGGCUCAGGACUGCAGUUCAACUGGCAUCCGGUUCUGAUGGUGACCGGCCUCGUGGUGUUGUACGGGAAUGCCGCAGUUGUAUAUCGUGUCCCACUGACCUGGAGGCAAAGCAAACAGCCUUGGAAACUCCUGCAUGCCGGCUUGCUGUUCCUUGCCUUUGUCCUGUCUGUCCUGGGUCUUUGUGCAGUCUUUGACUACCACAAUGCAGGCUCCACCCCCAACCUAUACUCACUGCACAGUUGGCUGGGCAUCUGUACCACAGCCCUCUUCACUGCUCAGUGGGUGCUGGGUCUAGCCGCCUUUCUACUCCCAUGGUCUCCACUAGCGUUCCGCAAGCUCCUCAAGCCUAUACAUGUUUGGAUGGGCAGCAUCAUCUUCUUCCUGGCCAUUGCAUCCUGCAUUUCUGGCAUUAAUGAGAAGCUUUUCUUCGUCCUUAAAGGAAACACCAAUCAGACGCAGCCAUAUUCCAAGCUGCCACCAGAGGCCGUGUUUGCCAACUCACUAGGAAUCCUGAUUGUAGCCUUUGGAUUAGUUGUCUAUAAAAUACUGUCCAAUCCAGACUGGCAACGACCAGACCUAGGAAGAGAAGAGGACAGUUUUAGGCCAUUGAUUCAAGAAGAGAGCUGAUGCAACUACAUGGAAUAAAACGUUCAUUCUCCUUAAUGAAUUGUGUAUCUCCUGUUUGUGGAACACAAUGUUUUUCACCAAAGAAAAUAUUUUUGUAAGCACUGCUGGAACAGUGUAUAGAGUGCAUCAUCGCCAAAAUGGAUAUUUUCCAGCAUUAUCUACUUUGUUUUAGUAGCCUUCGUUCAUGUUGACAGUCUAUAUCAAUGGAAAUCAUACCAAUCAAUUGUAUUCCAUUGUAGCAGCCGUGUAUAUGUUAUAAAUCUACAUAUAUUAUAGUCUACAUUUCUUUUUCAGUCAGUGAUAUUUUGUGCCUCUUAAUAAAUGAUAAUAGAUGAUUCAUUCA